AUGGAGCAGGCUCAAUAUGUGAGAAAUUUUAAUAGGCAACAGAACAAUCCUUACUCCAACAGGUUUAAUCAAGGAUGGCGUAAUCACCCAAACUUGUCAUGGAGAAACACUCAAAAUGUGUUGCAGCCUGAACAGAGCAACCCACCACAAGAGGAGAGGGUGAAUCUGGAAGAUGCAAUGUCACAAUUGGCUACCUCUUACACGCAAUUUAUGAAUGAAACUAGGAUAAAUUUCCAGAAUCAGUCGUCUCAGAUCAGAAGCUUGGAGGUACAAAUUGAUCAAUUGGCUAGCAUGUUAAAUGAUCGUCAACAAGGUAAUUUGCCAAGUACAACUGUGGUGAAUCCAAUAGAGCAAUGUAAGGCCAUUACUUUGAGAAGCGGGAAAGAAUUAAAUACACUCCCCGAGCCUAAGAAGUCUAGCAAACGUAGUGAAGAGGCUUCGUCACCCAAAUAUACUCAAUCUUUGGAGAAUAGUGGUGAAAUUCCUACAGCUCAACACCCUUUGCCGGUGGAGCCAUCACGAAGGAUCCCAUUUCCUCAACGCCUUCGGAAGAGUAAGCUUGAUAAACAAUUUUCAAAGUUUCUGGACAUCUUUAAGAAAUUGCACAUAAACAUCCCAUUCGCCGAAGCUCUUGAACAACUGCCGAGCUAUGUGAAGUUUAUGAAAGAUAUCCUGUCAAACAAGAGGAAACUUGAGGAUUAUGAAAUAGUUGCACUUACUGAAGAGUGCAGUGCCAUCUUGCAAAGGAAGUUGCCUCAGAAGCUCAAAGAUCUAGGGAGUUUUACCAUCCCUUGUUCUAUUGGAAAUUCUAUUUUUGAAAAGGCACUAUGCGAUUUAGGUGCAAGCAUUAACUUAAUGCCUUUGUCAAUUUUCAAGAAACUUAGGCUUAGAGAAGCAAGACCAACUACGGUCUCAUUACAAUUGGCCGAUCACUCCAUCAAACACCCGAGAGGAAUUAUUGAAGAUGUACUCGUCAAGGUUGAUAAGUUUAUAUUUUUGGCCGAUUUUAUUGUCUUGGAUAUAGAAGAAGACGAGAAAAUCCCUAUUAUACUUGGGAGACCAUUUUUGGCAACCGGUCGGGCUCUCAUUGAUGUGCAAAAGGGUGAACUUUGCCUAAGAGUAUAA